UUGCAGCUGUGGCCUAUGAAUGUACCGGAACUGUUGAAUCUUGCCGUUUCAACUGAGGCAAAAGACUUUGACUGAUAAUGGUGGAUAGAAAAUUGUUAAUUCACAUGGUUGUCCAUGCUUCUCACAUCAACAUCAUGUGAUUCAUCAUGAUCAUGUCAUGAGUCACCCAUGCCAUACCAUACCCACCACGAAACGCGUGCUCUACCAAACCUGCCAAAACCUAACCAAACCUAAGGCUCAGAGCUCGCAUCAGUCAACUCCUUCCAUUUCCAUUUCCAUUUCCACCGCAAAACCCUACCCUCAUGGCGGAGGAGAUCCCGGUGGAGGUCAUCGCCGACAUCCUCUCCCGUCUUCCGGUGACCUCCCUCCUCCGAUUCCGGUCAAUCUCCAAGUCAUGGCGCUCCCUCAUCGACAGCAAACACUUCAUGAAACUCCACCUCAACAACUCCCUUACCAAUCCCAAUCCCAAUCUCACCAAUCUCAUCCUCCGCCACAACACCGACCUCUACCGCGCCGAUUUCCCCUCCAUCGGUGCCGCCGUUAACCUCAACCACCCCCUCAUGUGCUACAGCAACCGCAUCAACAUCCUCGGCUCCUGCCACGGCCUCCUCUGCAUCUGCAACGUCGCCGACGACAUCGCCUUCUGGAACCCCUCCCUCCGCAAGCACCGCCUCCUCCCUUAUCUCCCCACUCGCCGCACCCCGGAGCCGGAGAACACUAUCUUCGCCGCCAGAGUCUACGGUUUCGGAUUCGACCCCUUCGCCGCUGACUACAAGCUCGUCAGAAUCUCCUACUUCGUCAACCUCCAUGACCGCACCUUCGAUUCGCAAGUUCGCCUCUACAGCUCCAGAACCAACGCGUGGAAAGCACUCCCCAGCAUGCCGUACGCUCUCUGCUGCGCUCGCACCAUGGGGGUUUUCGUCCACCAUGCUCUUCACUGGGUUGUGACCCGGAAGCUUCAACCGGAUCAACCCGAUUUGAUUAUCGCGUUUGAUCUCAGCCUUGAAAGCUUCUCCGAGAUGCCACUUCCUGAAACGGGUUACGGUGAUGGUGAUGAUGAUGGGGAAUUUGAGAUUGAGGUUGCGCUUUUCGAAGGGUGCUUAUGCAUGAUUGUGAAUUACCAUAGUACUAGAGUUGAUGUUUGGGUGAUGAAGGAAUAUGGAUUGAAAGAGAGUUGGUGUAAGCUUUUUAGUUUGAUGGAAUCACCUGAUUUGAGAUCAUUGAAAUGUUUGAGGCCUUUGGGUUACUCUGUUGAUGGGGUGAAGAUUCUGCUAGAACACAAUCGUAAGAAGCUUUGUUGGUAUGACCUGAGAAGUAAACAAGUGAGUCAUGUUAGGAUUCCAGGAAUGCCCAAUUUGAAUGAAGGGAUGAUUUGUGUCGGAAGCCUUGUGCCGCCGUCGUUACCGGUUGAAAAUUGCCGGCGGCAACGCAAGCUGGGAUGCGAAAAUGCAAGGAAGACAAGGGAUGACUUCCUGUCACAAGGAUUCAAAUUGACAUUGUAAGAAAGAAAGAAAAAAGGGGUAAGAUGGUAUGUGGCUGAGACUGGAUUGAUGGUACCUUCUGGAACAAGGUAGUUAAAAGCCGGAUUGAUGAUACCUUCUGAAGUUACAUCUGGUGAUGAAAUUAGGCGCCUUGGUUCAUGGGCAGUGUUGAGUUGAUCAGGAACAGGGUUACUCUUUGUUAAGACGUUUUCCUUGUGCUGCCUUGGUUUUGCACGUUUUGUCUUGUUUAUCGCCAGCAAAGAAGGAUAAAGAAAGGCCCUGAGUGAAACAAAGGGCUCGAGUUCCCAUUAUCAAGAUGAAGAAAACAGAAAUUGAAGAACAGAUACAGGUUGUACAUUGCUUCUUUACUUCCGCAAUAGAAAGAAAAUGGCCCUAUGUCUUUUUGACUUUUUGUCGUGAUGAUGUGUUGAAAAUUUUAAUUUUCCCAUGGUAUUGUAUAUAUGCGGAUUGAUAUGGUUGUACCAGCACUAGAAUACAAGGUUUACAUUUGUCUAUCA